AUGGGCAGUGGGUGCCAAGCACAAGACGACAAGGUGACCCUGCUCCAGCGUGGUACUGUCGCCUCCAAUGAUAAAAAGGCGGAGUGGGAAUGGAAUGCUCCAUUGGACUCGAAGUACAAGGGCAUCUGCGACGGAUGCAUGAUCUACAACAGUUUUAAUCCAAGAACAAAGUGGUGCGACACUGCAACGGAAGCAGAUGGCUCAGGAAGCAACGGCUGUCAAGACAGGAAGAAAGUGGGCGAAGCAUGCGGCCAAGACUACGAGUGCGUCUCGCAGUCCUGUUCACCGGAGCUCAAGACAUGCGAGUCAAGGUGCUCACCUACUGACGAUUGGUGCUGGUACGAGACACUGGAUACGAAGUUCGCCGAUACCUGCGAAGAUUGCAUGAGCUAUGAGUUCUUUGACGCUUCUGCGAAGUGGUGCGACCGCGAGGCGACCCCCGAUGGCUCCAAGAACAACGGCUGCCGACCAAAGAAGGAGGCGGGCGACAGUUGCGGAGUAGACUACGAGUGCAUCUCGGGGUUUUGCCAAGAAGAGAAGUGCUAUGACUACGUUCCUCACGCUUCUCGGUCGGUGGACAGCUUUUCCUGUGCUUCGUUUUUUUGCAACAGUGUUUCCAAAUUCUGA